CAGGCGGAAAAUCUUGCGGAGCUCCAGCCCAGCAGCACCAGCAGCACCAGCAGCAGCAGGGCAGAUCCUGGUUCCACCCACCGGGACUUUCCUGGCUUCCUCCAGCAGGGAGCGGGGGGAGAGGAGCGCUGGGAGGCAGGAGCGGCCGGGCAGCGCGGGGAGCGCGGCUCCUGCCGGGUUUCUACUGUAGGCGGUGCAUUCCUCGGGAGGGAGGGAGGCACUGCGUGUGCGCCGGUGCCUUCCCACACUCGGCACAGCUCUUAUUUAAUGGGGGUCUCCAUGCAGGGCAGGAGCCACAGGAGGUUUGGCGGUGCCCGGCUCCCUCGCAGGACGAGCCCGGCGCUGCUGCCAUGGAGAGCGCGGUGGAGAUGGGCGCGGAGGCUGCGGGCAGCGGGCACGGAGCCGGGAUGCUGCUCCGCCAGGACCUGCGGAGGAUCCGCUGCGCGCUGCUGCUCUGCCUGCUGGCCGUGCUGCUGCUGAUGCUGCCCACCGCCUACCUGCUGCUCGGGAACCUGCGAGCCAACAGCUCCUGCGGCCAGGUCACAGAGGAGAGGGGCUCUCACUUUCUGAAGCAAAGAGCAGUGGCUGCUGUUACAGACACACUUUCCAGUGCAGAGAAGCCACGAGCUCACCUGACAGUGAAGAAGCAGGACCUGGCCAGCGCCGCGGGGAGCCACCUGCCCAUCCUGCAGUGGGAAGACAAGCGAGGCCUGGCCUUCACCAAGAACAACCUGAGCUACUCCAGCAACGCCCUGGUGAUUCCUGUGUCCGGGGACUACUACGUGUACGCUCAGGUCACCUUCCGAGGGCCCGUGGAGAGCAGCCACAAGGCCAGCUCUGUCACUGAGGUCAUCACCAAGGUCACUGACAGCUACCCCGAGCCCACCCAGCUGCUGACGGGCACCAAGACCCUCAGUGAGAACGGCAAUGGUUGGUUCCAGCCCAUCUACCUGGGCGCUGUUGUCUCCCUGGAGGUGGGAGACAAGCUGAUGGUCAACGUGAGUGACAUCAAGCUGGUGGAUUACACCAAGGAGCACAAAACUUUCUUUGGGGCCUUUCUGCUGUAGGGCUCUGGCCUGCGGCGGCUGGUGGGGGAUCCCUCCAGGGUCGUCGGGGGGAUCUUGUUGGAUUUUGGCUUUGUGGGCGCGUGUUGGGGUGAGAUGUCUGCUGUUUGCCUCCUCCUCCUCCUCCUCCUUCUUCUUCCUCUGUGCCAUCACUCCCCUGCAGCUCGCUAGAGCCUUAAUUUAAUGGGUAGGGAAAGGUGAAGCUGCAGGUUGGA